AUCUUUGUAGUGAAGGUUCUACCACAGUUUUCAUUGUUCUUACUUAUCUGGUUACAUGGGCUCAUCGAAAAAAUUUUGUUGCAGCUUGGUUCUGCUGAACGUUUCAUGCAGGAGUCACAGUUUUUGAUUCAUGGAAAUGGCAAAGAUAAGCCUCCGACAGGGUUCAUGUUUGAGAAACAGCUAAUGAAAGGGUUAUAUUUCAAUCAAUCGCCAACAAAGGAUGUUGCUUUGGCCAUGGUUUCCAUGAGACCCACCCCACUGGGUCCUAUCAUGGAGAAACUGUCAUUGUCCCCGGAGAAGUAUGGAACCGGGCGGCGGUUCUAUAUUCAGACAUUGGAUGACCGGGCCCUUUCACCAGAUGUGCAAGAAAAGCUAGUAAGAGAAAACCCACCAGCGGGAGUUUUCAAGAUUAAAGGGAGUGACCACUGCCCAUUCUUCUCAAAGCCACAGUCACUUCACAAAAUUUUAGUUGAAAUUGUUCAGAUUCCUUAGCUUAACUUUCAGAAAAGAAAAGGGGACAAUUCUUUAAUCUUUACUUGUAUUUUCUGGCAGACGACAGAAGGUUGUUCAUUACAUAGCUGUGAUAGGCCGUUCUUGUAUGUAGAACACUGGGGCCACCUGUCAGUAAUUUAUUCUUUUUCUUGCAUUAAAGAGAUAGGCUGUGAUUCUCUUUGUAAUUUACAUGUUCUUCAAGCAAUGCAACAACACUUUUGGUUAA